AUGCAGCCGCUUAAUCCUUAUUUGAGGGCCUUUUUCCGCAGCGCUCUGCCUGCGCAAUGCCAGCCCAUCAGUCACCAUCUGCUGCUCGUCCCAACGACCGAAGUGCUGCUGCGCUCCAAAGACCGAGACACGAACACGCCCUACGUCGAUCUAGCGGGAACUGAAGAAUUUCUGGCAAGUCAUGUGCUGCGUGUGCCUGGUGGCGGUGCACCACAAAACAGUGGAGGGAAUGGGAACGCCGGGAGUGGUAGCGGACGAGGCAGUGGGAAGGACGGCGCCGGCGGCGUGCGUGAGGGCAAGGGCAAGGCGAAACAGUACUCCACCAUUAAUGGUCGGACAGUCAUAAUCAAGGACUCGUUUGUGUACAGCAACAAGGGCUUCCGCACCCUGAACCAGGCACAAUUGCUGGCCGAUGCCAUCUUCUACCCUGAUGCGCCGGACGGCCAGCAGUGGCUCAUCUACUACAUCUCGCGUCCAUUACUGGGUACCUAUCAUGCCACACCAAUCAUUCCGGCGGUGAUCAGUGAUGAGCCUAGCAAGGAGAGAAGGCGACUUCUGGCGGAGGUCACCGCAGAUUCCACAACGACAGGCGUGGCGCCGCCCACGCCCAAGAAGAAAGAGAUCAAGACAUUCGGCGAUCUUUUGACACAGUUUCCCAUGAUCUCGCGGCAGAUGCAAAAUGGUUUGGAGAAGGUCAUUCGCGAUUUCAUUUCAAUCAAUGAUGCACCCCUUCCCAAGCCGAGAUCCAGGCGAUCGUCGGUCAGCUCACAACUCUCGGGUCCGUCAAUCAGCGACUCCGUAUCAUCGAUCAAGUCGUCGCUGUCAGGAAUGAGCGUUGUUCAUCCAACAUCGAUCGAGCUGGAACCGGAAGAGCAGACACUUCGUACUUCGCUGGAGACUGCGAUCAUAAGCGCAAUCGACCUCUUUCAAAACGUUGACAAGCAACAGCUGUCGCUUCUUGGCGCAAGUACAGAGCUGAAUGGACCCACGGUUGAGCGUCUGAUUGAACGAUAUGUGACGGAGCAGGUCCAUGACCAAACUCUGUUUCCCAGGGUAUGCGCAAUGCGCCAAUCUGACGACUCGGAUCUUGGAUCCAAGAUUCGAAGAAUGACAGACAUUGAUAUCGCACAAGUAGGUGUGCCUAUUCCGGAUGGUAUGCGCGGGAAGCGAAAGCUUGCGGCCCAGAUCGCCAAGGGCGUCGAUGCUUUCAAAAAGAUGGGCGUUGCAAGCAGCCCGCAGGAGAUGUUGGAAAUAUUGUUGGCAACACAGAAGGCCAUCACCGCGACCGAGACUUCGGCUGUCGAUGGCACAGAAAUGGUAUCGCAAUCGGAGUCACAAACUCCACUGACCAUCAACGCUGAUGUGCUAGUGUCCAUGCUACUGAUCGUGGUUAUUCGCAGUGGUGUGCGACACUUGCACUCCCGUCUCCUGUACAUGCGCUACUUCAUUUUCAUCGAUGAAGUGGAGAGUGGAGRGCAAGGCUAUGCGUUGGCAACAUUAGAAGCAGUCCUGGCGCAUCUUUCAGGGGGCGCUAAUGCUCUCCGGAAAGCAAGCRAGCGGAAUCGCUUGCUUUGGCAAGCUGUCAAGACAGACGAUGUCCAGGCCAUGGAAGCGAUACUCCAACCACGUAUUCUCUCGGGUGACGACUCCACCUUGGCCGAAUCACCCAUCGGGUCUGACCAUGAGUCCUCCGAUACCGAAGAUGUGUUUGUGGGCCCACCGCAUGGAGCUGGCCUGGAGACGGACCCCGUUCAGGACGUGUCGCACUCGAUCGAUUUUGCUACGACAAACACUUCGCUGCAUCAUGUUUUCCCAUUCCAAAGGCCUCCAACCCCUCCGCCUGAGCACGCAAACCAGAAGGUGAAAAAGCAUGUGUCGAUGGCGUCUUUACCAAGAAGCCACUCGGCCUCGUCUGCUUACUCUUCCCGUUCGCACUCGCGAAACAAGAGUAUCGACUCUGACGCCAGCACGAGCCUUGAAGGUGACCUUUCGGUAGAAAGGCUUGCGCAGACACAGGACGCAGAUGGGAACUCGAUUUUGAUGAUGGCCGUGGACUCGGGAAAGACAAGUGCGCUCAGCCUUCUGCUCCGCAUGCCAGCACAUUUCCGCGCCGCUUUCGUCCUAGAAGACGUAAACAACGACGGUGCAACUCUACUAAGUGUUGCUGUACAAUCUGGCAAUGUCGCAGUGACAGAGGAACUGGUUCGAUACAUGGAGUACAAUGCCUCCGAGGAAGAGCUCCAACGAUACAUUGCGACACAAGACAGCAAAGGCCGCUGUUUUGCACACUAUCUCUUCCAUCAGCCUCAUCUCAUACGCCGAUUUGGGAAGAAAUUGCCUUGGCGGUUGAAAGACAACAUUGGCCAGACACCGCUGUUUGCGCUGUGCAGGUCCUACGAUCACGAACAGUACCACUCCAUGAUUGCAGAGGCUCUUGCUUUGGCUACGGCCGCACAGGACGAUGGAGAGCCGUUACAUCUGGACGAUCACGUUGACGCUAAGGGUAAUACCCUUUUGCACAUCAUCAACGACAUGGCACUGACCGUCAAAAUGCUUCGACAUUGCGACUCCGAUGUCAACGCUGCCAACGACAAGCGCUUCACGCCGCUCAUGGUUGGAAGUAAAUACGGCCGGAUCGAUCUUGUGCGGGCGAUUUUCGGAGAUCCGCGAGCAGACCUGACGCUCAAAGAUAUUCGCGGGUUGACAGCAGUGGAACUCGCCAAAGACGACGAUGUGCGCAACCGUAUUGAUGACCUGAUCUUACUCUCCAGUCCAGCCGGGAGAGACGGCCGCAUGACGACCGUGGUCCGCUCAUUUUUCGUCGAGGAUGCCACCAUCAGACUGGUCUUGAAGUCCGGAGCACCGAAUGGGAACGGAUCGAUUACCGUCACCACAUGUAUGCGAUCCGUCGCAGACUUCGAAAAUCUCAUCAGAUGGCUGUCAAUUGAGUGUCCCGCGAGCUGGCUCCCCUCGCAGUUCAGUCUCCCCUCCCCGUUUCUCAUACCUUCCAGACCAUCACGGACGGUCUUAAAGGACAUUCAGAUCAGGAUGGAUAAUCUGUUCCACACUCUGCUGACUCAUGGAACGUUUUCAACCCAUGAGUUGGUCUGGGAGUUCUUCCUGGUCCCAGAAAUAGACGUCAACAUGCUCUCCGAGCGCACGCAACGCAAAGCAGAAGCCAGAGUGGAGAACGUGAAGGAAGAUUAUGAACCGAUCACAGAUACUCAAGGCGUUGAGAACUUUACCGCUUUUGCACGAGAACAAGUCCGGGGAGUAACGCAGUCAACGAAGAAGGCCAUUCGAGCGACGAACCGGCAGAGGAUGCUAUACAACGAUCUUUCAGACGCACAGCUACUGGCUUCCUCUGCCCUCUCGACGCUCUUGUUUCUACCGGCACCCUACAUCUCGGCUUUUGAGCGCUAUACUAAACUGUUCGUUCCCAGCGAAGCUUCCCCGUUAGUGAAACUUUACUACGCUCUCCAUGCAAUUCACUCGUCCAGCUMUGCGAUCCAAGUUGCCACAAAUCGCCCCACAUAUCUCAUUGGCAGCAUKGCGCAGUCCCAGCGUGCGAUCGAUCGAAGCAAGAACUCCAUUUCGAGAUCAAACCGAUGGACACCAAAUCUUGGGAUUUUCGAGGAUGCGAAGAAGGCGGUGGAAGUAGAGGCUUGGGACAAGGCUGCAAAGGCUAGAAGAGAGAAGAACAGUUUAGGUUGCGAGCUGGCGUAUACGCAGCAGACUAUUGCGAGUGAGCUGGCUGUAUGGCAGGAUGAGCACGUCAAGAGUGGGAGAGCGAUGCUGAGAGCAUUAGCGCGCGAGACCAUCGUCAAGGAGCGUGCGAAGCUUGAAGGUAUGAGGCGUGCGCUUAGAGCCGUCAAGAAGAGUUGA